AGCCACAUUACAUAAUUCAUGCGCUAAAACCCACAAAGGCUCUGUGACUGUCUAUAUAAAAUGCCUGAGAAAGCAAGCCAGGUAGCAAACCUCACACACUCACACAUACACAAUAUUACAUGUUCCACAGCAACAACAACAAUGGCCACCAUAGCCAGAGAUGAAUCAGACUAUGAUAGUAGUUGCUCCUCAAUAACCGUGCCAGACUCAAGCCGUAGUUGGAUGAGUAACCUCAGCUUUGGUAGCCGAAGGAGCUCAGUCUCUGUAUGCUCCUCCACUGACACUUCUGUUUUAAGCUCUCACAAACCCCACAAGGCUAACCAAGCCGCAUGGGAAGCCAUGAGGAGGCUCCAGAGCUCAAAAGGCCGAGUUGGGCUUGACCAUUUUCGGCUUCUACGUAGGCUUGGAAGUGGUGACAUAGGGAACGUGUACCUUUGCCAGAUAAGGAACCCUGUGGUGGGGUUGCCACAGUGUUUUUACGCCAUGAAAGUGGUGGACAAAGAAGCACUUGCUAUAAGGAAGAAGCUACAGAGGGCUGAGAUGGAGAAGGAGAUUUUGGGUAUGCUUGAUCACCCUUUCUUGCCAACUUUGUAUGCUGAGUUUGAGGCUUCUCAUUACUCUUGCUUGGUCAUGGAGUUUUGCCCUGGUGGAGAUUUGUAUGCUGCUCGACAACGCCAGCCAGGAAAGCGAUUUUGCAUUUCAUCUGCUAAGUUUUAUGCUGCUGAGACACUCCUUGCACUAGAGUAUCUCCACAUGAUGGGUAUAGUUUACAGAGACCUUAAGCCAGAAAAUGUGCUGGUCAGAGAAGAUGGCCACAUUAUGCUUUCGGAUUUCGAUCUUUCACUCAAAUGUGAUGUUGUUCCCAAGCUCCUAAGGGCAAACCAUACUUUGGAUCCCAAUGACAAGGAUGUAAAGUGUUUGACACCUUCUUGUGUUGCCCCCAUGCAACCUGUGCUUUCAUGUUUCUCAGCUUCCACCAAGAAAAAGAAAGCUAAUAAUGUUACAACAAUAACAAAUCAAGUUGGUGUCCUAGAACUUGAUCCAGAACUAGUGGCUGAGCCAAUAAAUGCUCGUUCCAAGUCCUUUGUUGGAACACACGAGUACUUAGCACCCGAGGUGAUAUCAGGUCAAGGCCAUGGGAGUGCUGUGGAUUGGUGGACUUUGGGGGUGUUCUUGUAUGAAAUGUUAUUUGGGAGAACACCUUUCAAAGGUGAAAACAAUGAGAAAACCCUCAUCAACAUCCUUAGACAGCCACUAGCUUUCCCAAGGAUUGGUGUUAGUAGCAGCAAAGAAUUUGAAGAGAUGGUGAAAGUUCAAGACCUUAUUAGCAAGCUGUUAGUGAAGAAUCCCAAGAAGAGAAUUGGAAGCUUAAAGGGUUCUGUUGAGAUCAAGAGGCAUGAGUUUUUCAAGGGUGUGAAUUGGGCUUUGAUUAGGUCAGUCAGACCACCUGAAGUCCCUAGUGAUCUACACAAGUUUAGGAGUAGAGCUUUGUUACCAAAGUUAAGCAAGAAAGAGAGGGAUCAACCAUAUCAAAUCCCUCAUCAUUUUGACUACUUCUAACUGUAGAUGUAAAUAAAAUUAGGUAAAACAGGAAGCAAAUAUCAUGUAUGACACCAAAGAAAGAGUUGUUAUCCUCUGUUUUCCCUACUAAUGAUAAGGAUUAAAACAAUUGAUGUAA